AUGUCUUCUGCAACCAACCUUAACACUCAACCCCUCUCUUCCACCGAAAACCCUCUUGUUGUUUUCAACAUUACUACACAAGUCAAUGAAAAACUCACACACUUCACCUUUCCUCAAUGGCGUGCCCAAUUUGAAGCACUCCUAAUUGGCUAUGACCUGAUGGACUAUGUAAGUGGCGUUUCUCUGUGUCCUUCCACUGAUGGAACUCCAUUGUCAAUCUCAAGAAAAACUCAUUGGGUUAGGCAAGACAAGCUCAUUCUAAGUGCUAUUCUUGCAUCUACAUCCAUCUCUAUCACUCCUCUCAUUGCUACUACUAAAACGUCUCAUGAGGCAUGGAAAAAAUUGACCAGUAUGUAUGCCAGCAGAUCGUGUACAAGGGCCAUGCAACUCGGGGAAGAAUUGACCUUGAUCCAGCGUGGGAAUCGAUUAGUUCUAGACUAUUUCCAUGAUGUCAAAGCCUUGGCUGAUGAAAUAGCUCUCAUUGAUCAUCCCAUUUCAGAUGAUGAUCUAACCCUUUAUGUCUUCAAUGGAUUGGGUCCUGACUUUGGGGAAAUCGCUGCUCCUAUUCAAACAAGAGAGAAAUCGCUGGCUUUUGAAGAACUCCAUGACUUGCUCGUUGAACAUGAGAGUUACUUGCGUCAUAUGGAGGCUACACCUCAGCAGUUGGUCGCUGCUGCCAACUUCACAACUAGAAAGUCUGGUUUUCAUGGAGGUCAGUCGACGAAGGGCUCUAAUAAACCGAAUGGGCCUUCAAGGACCUCAAGUCCAACCUGCUCAGGAAAUGGUCAGCAGAAAGAUCAGCGAUGUAAUUCCUUGAGCCGCUCCAACUCAACUUAG